GUGGCAUUCUGUUCCAGAGCUCUACCAAAGCUCAGCUCGUGCCACCAACGAAGCGCGAUCUUUUUUCUUUAACCAAAAUGAUCGAGUGAUUACAUAUCUUUGCCUCGGACUGGAUUUAUUGGGGAUAACUCUCUAUUCUCUGCAAGUGUUCUUUGCUCCUCCACCGCUCGAUUCGCUCGCACUUGACGCAUAUAGACAGGGAGUGGAGAAAUCUGCAGCCCAUGGGUUAGAUAUGAUUAUCCACGUCUUCUACUUCUGCUGCUGCUGUUAGCUUCCUGUCAACAUGUUCGUGUCCAAAUACCAAAGCGAAUUCAACCUGGUAGUAAAGGAUUUUGAUGACGGCGUCAAACAAUUGGCUGAUUUUUUGCGCAAAAGCGAUGGUAUAGAAGGCAAAACCAAAGCAUUCUUCUUUCGUGGCUGGAGCCGCGUGGCUCUGGGAGCAUCUGCUGUUCUUAGAGAUGUAGCAAAACUACUAAAAUACACAAUAUGUGAUGAUUCUGACAUGACAAAGCAUUUUAACAGAAUUGUCCAUGUGGACUGUUCCCUAUGGAAAAAUAGAAGGACCAUGCAGAGGGCAAUCGCAAAGGAGUUGAACCUUCGCCACGUAAUGCCCAUAUUUGAUAGGCAGGAUGAAGAAGAUGAUUUCGUAGGGGUAGAUGUCAGCUCUAGAAAAGAGAUUGCAAGUAUUGGAAGUUUGAUUAAUCGGUCUCUAGCAAAUGAAAGAUUUCUGAUCAUUUUUCAUUAUGGAGGAGAUGAAGACAUUGAUCUGAUAGAGUGUGGCAUUCCUGCUUUUGGUAAAGGUAAAUUGGUAUGGACCAGUGGUGGAAGAUUUUUUCAGGUCAAAGUCAAACCGGGAGAAGUCAAGUUGUCUGCUUUUGCUAAUUUUGUAGUUACCUUGGAGUCCCUUUGGUAUGGAGAUCCAGAUUACAGCACAAAAAUCCAUCAUAUAUUGCACGAAGUUGCUAUUAGAGUGAUUGGUGACACCGGUAUGGAUGGCAUCAACCCAGAAACAGUUUUGGAUUGCUUCUUGUACUCAUUGUUCCUGACAGCACAGUUACCUCAAAACUCUACUGGUGUUGGCUAUGGUUGGGCUACUCAUGCUUGCAAUUAUUGGAUUUGUGAUGGAAUGCGUGGAGAGGACAAGGCUUGGGAGAUUGGCUAUAUGUUGUAUGGAGUGAUACCAUUGGACGAAUGUUCUUCAUCUGAAACGGCACAAAGAAGAUAUUUGGCACACUUUCUGCCUAGGCUGGGUAAAGGCUGGUAUUCAGUCACCUCCAAUAAUGGAGGAACAAAUCAUAUAUCUAAUGUUCCUGCUGAUGCAUCAUCAUAUUUCCUAACAUUCCACGGUAAUGAUCCAGUAUAUGUAUGUAAUGAUCUGUUUCAGCUAGCCAGCAACAACCUUCGUGUGCUAAAACUCUGCAACUGCAGCUUCGAUUUUGCAUCCCCUCCUUUCCAGUGCUGCAGCAACCUAAGAUUCCUUUGGCUUGAACAUUGUGCAAACACAUGGAAGGAGCAAAGUGGGGCGCCAAUUUUUCCGAACCUGCUGGUGUUUGACCUACGUUUCACAGAUUAUGUUUUGCUGCCUCAGAUGAUUGAACUGAUGACCAAUCUCAGGGAGCUAAAUACAAAGGGAAUACCAUGGAAGACUAUCAGUGCUAUUUGGAAAAAGUUGAAGAAGCUUCAGAAGCUCCGAUUAACAGAAUCUUCAGAUGUGGUCGCGGUGGACAGAUGCUCUUCUGUAGAUAUGAUGAACCUGGAGCUCCUUGACUUGUCCGGAAACACUCACCUGGAAUCAUUGCCAACAUUGUCAUCCGCAAGAAGCCUGAAGAUUCUUGUUCUUGACGGAUGUUCCAGCUUGGACCAGGUUGCACUUGCCGUGGAAAGAGCUCCUCCACUGCUUGAAAGUUUUUGCUUCGAUGGUUAUGGCCCAGCAAAGGAUUGGACACAUUCCAUACACCUGCCACAAAAGGAAUUGCGCCUCAAGUCUCCUUUAGCUCCAGUUGAAAUAGUCAAGGUGACAAAGAUCUCCCUACAUGGUUGUGGUCGAUUGCAAAACAUAUUCCUGCGUGCACUGCCCAAUCUGGAGGAACUAGACCUCUCUGGUACAGCCAUUAAAAUAAUUGACCUCGAUGCAAUGGAUGUCCCGAAACUCAAGAAGUUGUUCCUAUUGGGUUGUGAGCGGCUCUGUAGCCUAAUCUGGCAAGGAUCACCUAGACUGGAAGUUCUACAUGUGGACACUCAAGGGACGAAAAGAUCAGUGGUCUACUGUGGAGAACAGGGAUCCUUUGGCUUUCAGGCACAUGUUGUUUUUACGGAUGGAAGGUUCAUUUGGUCAUUCUCAGAUGGGCUCCAUAGCCGAUCAGAAAAAUCUGUCUCCAAGAUGUACCUCCUUAUCUCUUGUACAAGCCGUAGCCAAGCCAACAUCACCAAAAGUAUCAAGGAGAUGUGGAUCUAACCGACGGGGUUUGGUUCCAACAAGCCGGUUAUUACCGUAUAAUGAUAUUGCCUUGGCUAAAGAUGUUACAUGCUCGCUGUUGGUGUGGAACUGUCGACAGCUCCAAACUUUGAACGUGCACAUCGAGAUUGGUAAAGGAAGCUAUAAUUUAGAGAGUAUGCAAGAUGAAGGGUAUUUUGGACAUUUCGCAAAAUAUAUUGAAUCAUUGCAUGUGCAUGACAAUUGCUCCAUCACUACUAUCCCCCCAAUGUAUUGGUCACACUGGCAGAGACUAAAAUGAUGUCAUGUUGAGAGGUGCCCCAAGCCUCAGGGAUUGCUGGGGUCUCAGGCGCCUUUCGGUUGUAGCACGUGAAGGCCCUAAGCCAGUGGUAGACUGCGAGAAGGACUUGUGGGACAGCCUCGAGUGGGAUGGCCUGGAUGCCAGACAUCACCCGUCGCUCUUCGAGACGCACCACUCGGCCUACUACAAGAAGACCCUCCCGUGGGGCUCCUAUCUAAGGUAAUCUGCUUUUGUGCUGACAUGGCGUGUGUUGCUCCACUGUGCGAGGAGGUUUUCUCACGGCUCUGUCUCCAACUGCAUGUGUGUUUGCUAAUUGAGUGUGUUUUGUGCCGCUGUUGCUGCUUGCACGGUGAAUAAAGGGUGUGUUUCUUUUUCACCGAGUUGCCUUCAUCUUGGCAUUUGGAGUGGAUUGGAUUGGUGUGCUGUGCUGCUAUUUGGAGUGCUGGCUUUCCACAGCUUAGUGUGGUGUUCACAACCUGGCUGAUUUGAUGUUGGUUUGAUGACUGUUUGUAAUAAGAGGGUGUGUGCGCAUUGGUGCGCAUCAACCGAGCGUGGUGUGUGACUGACGAUCCUUAAAUUCAGCUUGGCUUGAUGUAUGUUUGGCUGAUGAAA